UUUCAUCAUCGUCUUCUCCUAAUCACUCCCAUUUCAGUUUUGUUUUCCGAGACAUUUUCCAGUGUUUCGUAAAACAGACAACAAAACACAAUAAGCUUCCCAGAUAUCUAAGCAAGACAAGCAAUCAUCUUCAUCAGAGAAGCAAGAAGAGUAGCUGAACAUUUGUUGCAGUAUGGAUGAAACACAAGUGACUGAAGUGAGUGCAGAGAUCCCAGUGAAGGCCGUUGAAGAAGCUGAGACUAAUGAAAAGGUGACAAAUGGGGACGUCCUACUGUUUGAAAAAGAAGGAAAGAAAGACGAGGAUGAAGCGAACUUCGAUGGAGAGUUCAUCAAAGUUGAGAAGGAAUCACUAACUGAAAAGACAUUGGCGGGGGAGGACAGCAAGCCAUCUAUUAUUGAGAGAAGCACAAGCAAUUCAAGCAGGGAGUUAUUAGAAGCGCGGGAGAAGAUGAGUGAACUUGAGGUAGAGAAUGAAAGAUUGGCUGGUGUGUUGAAGCAAUCAGAGUCGGAGAAUUCUGAGCUGAAGAGUGAGGCCUUACUUACAAAGGAGAAGCUUGAAGAAAGUGGAAAGAAGAACAAGGAGCUGGAACUCAGCCACAAGAAAUUGCAAGAGCAGAUCACUGAAGCUGAGGAGAAAUAUAGUUCACAACUCAGUGUUUUGCAAGAGGCAUUGCAAACUCAAGAAGAAAAGCACAAGGAUCUUAUUGGGGUGAAGGAAUCUUUUGAUGGUCUAAGCCUCGAGCUUGAAAACUCAAGAAAGAGGAUGCAGGAGCUGGAGCAAGAGCUGCAGAGUUCUGCUGGUGAGAUGCAGAAGUUUGAGGAGCUGCACAAGCAAAGUGGUUCACACGCCGAGUCUGAGACAAAGAGGGCCUUGGAGUUCGAGAAGCUGCUUGAAGUAGCAAAAUUGAGUGCUAAAGAAAUGGAAGACCAGAUGGGUUCUAUUCAAGAAGAACUUAAGAGAUUGUAUGACAAGAUUGCCGAAGAUGAAAAAGUGAAGGAAGCACUUCAGUCUGCUGCUGCUGAGCUUUCUGCUGUCCAAGAGGAACUCGUUCUGUCAAAGUCCCAAGGCGCAGACUUGGAGCAACGACUUUCUGAUAAGGAAGCUCUUAUAAGUGAAUUAACCGGGGAAUUGGACUUGAAAAAGGCUUCUGAGUCUCAAGUGAGGGAAGACAUUUCAGCUCUUGAGAGUCUGUUUGCCUCAGUCAAACAAGAUCUUCAGGCAAAGGUUGCUGAGUUGGAAGAAAUCAAGCUAAAGCUGCAGGAGGAAUCAAGUGCCAAGGAAUUGGUUGAAGCUGCGAAAAAAACCCAUGAAGAACAGGUUGUAGUUGUACAGGAGAAGUUGGCUGUAGUUACUAAAGAAAAAGAAGCAGUGGAAGCAGCCGUGGCCGAUCUCACUGGUAAUGUACAGCUGAUGAAGGAGUUGUGCAGUGAUCUUGAAGAAAAAUUGAAGCUUUCGGAGGAGAAUUUUGGAAAAACAGAUUCUCUAUUGUCUGAAGCUUUGUCGAACAAUGUAGAGCUUGAACAGAAGUUGAAGUCAUUGGAGGUGCUACAUAGUGAAUCAGGAGCUGCACAUGCAACUGCUACUCAAAGAAGUCUUGAGCUUGAGGGUAUUAUUCAAUCCUCAACUGCAGCAGCAGAAGAAGUGAAAUUGCAAUUGACAGAGCUUCAUACACGAUUUAUAUCAGUGGAACAAAAGAAUGUAGAGCUGGAGCAACAAUUAAAUUUGGUAGAGUCAAACAAAGGAGUAGCUGAGAGAAAUUUGGAAGAACUUUCUGAAAAGAGAUCAGUUCUCACUGCAACAUUGGGAGAAGUUGAGGCAGAAAAAAAUCAGCUGAGCAGUCAAGUUCAAGAAUUCCAAGAGAAAAUAACACAGCUGGAAUCUGCCUUAAACCAGUCAUCUUUGCAUAAUGAGGAGCUUCAGGAGCAAUUGAAGAUUUCCACUGAGAAAUGCUCUGAACAUGAAGGCAAAGCCACUACAAUUCAUCAGCGAAGCCUGGAACUCGAAGAUUUGAUCCAAGUGUCUCAUUCCAAAGUGGAGGAUGCUAGUAAAAAGGCGAGUGAGCUGGAGUUGUUACUUGAAACUGAGAAGUAUAGAAUUCAAGAGCUUGAGGAACAAAUAAGCACAUUGGAAAAGAAAUGUGAGGAUGCUGAAGCAGAUUCAAAGAAGUAUUCGAACAACGUGUCUGAACUCGCUUCUGAACUUGAGGCAUUCCAAGAAAAAGCAUCUAGCCUUGAAGUUGCACUGAAGACGGCAAAUGACAAGGAAAGGGAGUUGACAGAAUCCUUGAAUAUUGCUACUGAAGAGAAGAAAUUGUUAGAAGAUGCAUCAAAGAGCUCGACUGAGAAGUAUUCAGAAGCGGAGAAUUUAGUGGAAGUCUUGAAGAAUGAAUUAAGUGAAACUAAAGAGAAAUUGAUGAAAAUCGAAAUUGAUCUUGAGGCUGCUGGAAUCAGAGAAGGUGAGGUCAUAGAGAAACUCAAGUUGGCAGAGGAUCAACUCGAGCAACAUAGCAAAGUGAUAGAGCAGACAUCAUCAAGAAACUUAGAACUUAAAUCUCUACACGAAUCCCUGUCGAGGGAUUCAGAGAUUAAACUCCAAGAAGCAAUAGGAAACUUUAGUAACAGGGAUUCUGAGGCAAAAUCUCUUGCUGAGAAACUUACUAUUCUUGAAGAUCAGGUGAAGGCUUAUGAAGAGAAAGUUGCUGCGGCAGCUGAAAAAUCUGCAUCUUUGAAAGAAGAAUUGGAUAUCAGUUUGAGUAAAUUGGCUUCUUCAGAAAGCGCAAAUGAAGAACUCCGAAAACAGAUCUUGGAAGCAGAAGACAAAGCUUCUCAAUCAUUCUCAGAAAAUGAAAUGUUGGUUGGGACUAAUGUUCAGCUGAAAAGCAAGAUUGAUGAAUUACAAGAAUUGUUGAACUCUGCUCUAUCUGAUAAAGAAGCCACUACUGGACAGCUUGUUUCCCACAAGAGUACUAUUGAGGAGUUAACAGAGAAACACUCAAGAGCCUUUGAUCUCCAUUCUGUUGCCGAAGCCCGCAUUCUGGAAUUAGAAGCCCAAAUAAAGGUUCAUGAAGAGCGGGCUGUAGAAUUGUCUGCAGUUUCUGAAACUACUAAAGUACAGCUAGAAGAGGCUCUCUUGAAGCUAAAGCAACUUGAGAAUAUUGUUGAGGAACUACAAACUAAGUUGACUCACUCUGAAGAAGAGAGCAGAAAGCUAGCCGAGGCAAAUGUUAAGCUUACAGAUGAAGUGUCUGUAUAUGAGUCCAAAGUGAGUGAUCUAGAAGCUAAAUUAUCUGCCACCAUCCUUGAGAAGGAUGAGACAGUUGAACAACUUCAGACUGCACAAAAGACUAUAGAAGAGUUAACGCAGCAGCUUUCUUCUGAAGGGCAAAAAUUACAAUCUCAGAUAUCAUCGGUUAUGGAUGAGAAUAACCUUCUUAAUGAACUGCAUCAAAGUACUAAGAAAGAACUUCAGCAAGUGAUAUCACAGCUUGAAGAACAACUGCAGGAACACAAAGCAGGAGGAGAUGCUCUAAAAUCUGAGAUUGAAAAUCUCAAGGCUGAGGUUGCCGAAAAACCCUUGUUACAGAAGUCUCUUGAGAAACUCGAAGAACAGUUGGUGAAAGCUGAAGCUCAACUAGUGAAAGAGGUUGAAACCGUCAAGGCAGCUGCUGUGGCUAGGGAAGCCGAGUUGACUUCAAAAUUGGAGGAUCAUGCAAUAAAGGUCCACGAUAGAGAUGCAUUAAAUGAGCAAGUACUACACCUUCAGAGGGAGUUAGAAUUUGCUCAGACCGCUGUUUCUGAAAAGAAAGAAGCAGAUUCUCAAAAGGACUUGGAACGAGAAGCGGCAUUGAAGCAUUCUCUUGAACAACUUGAAGCUAAGAACAAGGAAGUCGCACUUCUAGACAAGCAAGUCAAAGACCUUGAGCAAAAAUUACAGCUUUCUGAUGCCAAUAUAACUGAAAGGGGUGAUAUCUCAGGAUUGGAAGUGAAAUCCCGGGACAUUGGAUCAACCCUUUCAUCUCCAUCGAAAAGGAAGAGUAAGAAGAAGUCCGAAGCAAAAACUUCUGCUCCAACAUCAUCCUCAUCAGAGAGCCUUGCUCACACUGCUGAUGCCUCCCCUAUGAUGACCAUUAAGGUCGUACUCGGAGUGGCUCUGGUGUCUGUCAUCCUUGGCAUAGUUCUUGGGAAAAGUUAUUAGCUUUUGUGUAUUGUGGUCUUGGUUUUACUUUUACCUCUCAGGUUUUGGUUUAUAUUUUCCACUUGGCAUAAUUUAUGCUCAUCUGGUUGAAAGCUUUUGUUUUUAUGCUUUCAAGCUUAUAGUUUUUGAGGUUUUUGGUCGGGGAGGUUAUUUUGAUGCCUAUAUCCCUUGCAUGUUUGCGAAGCAAAACACAGUUAAUUCAUGUAUUGUUAUUCAAGCUUGUAUCUAAUUUU